AUGGUUGCUUUCACUAUUGAACAAAUCCGUGGAUUGAUGGACAAGGUUACUAAUGUUCGUAACAUGUCCGUCAUUGCCCACGUCGAUCACGGUAAAUCUACUUUAACUGAUUCUUUAGUCCAAAGAGCUGGUAUUAUUUCUGCUGCCAAGGCUGGUGAAGCUAGAUUCACUGAUACUAGAAAGGAUGAACAAGAAAGAGGUAUUACUAUUAAAUCCACUGCUAUUUCUUUAUAUGCUUCUAUGAGUGAUGAUGAUGUCAAGGAAAUCAAGCAAAAGACUGACGGUAACUCUUUCUUAAUUAACUUGAUUGAUUCCCCAGGUCACGUUGAUUUCUCUUCUGAAGUCACUGCUGCUUUACGUGUUACUGAUGGUGCUUUAGUUGUCGUUGAUACCGUUGAAGGUGUCUGUGUCCAAACUGAAACUGUCUUGAGACAAGCUUUAGCUGAAAGAAUUAAGCCAGUUGUUAUUAUUAACAAGGUUGACAGAGCUUUAUUAGAAUUACAAGUCACCAAGGAAGAUUUAUAUCAAUCUUUCUCUAGAACUGUUGAAUCCGUUAACGUCAUCAUUUCUACUUAUCAUGACCCAGCUUUAGGUGAAGCUCAAGUUUACCCAGAUAAGGGUACCGUUGCUUUCGGUUCCGGUUUACAUGGUUGGGCUUUCACUGUUAGACAAUUUGCUAACAGAUAUGCUAAGAAAUUCGGUGUUGACAGACAAAAGAUGAUGGAAAGAUUAUGGGGUGACUCUUACUUCAACCCAAAGACCAAGAAAUGGACCAACAAGGAAAAGGAUGCUGAUGGUAAAACUUUAGACAGAGCCUUCAACAUGUUCGUUUUAGACCCAAUCUUCAGAUUAUUCGCUGCUAUCAUGAACUUUAAGAAGGAUGAAAUUCCAGUCUUAUUAGAAAAGUUGGAAAUUAACUUAAAGGGUGAUGAAAAGGAAUUAGAAGGUAAAGCUUUAUUAAAGGUUGUUAUGAGAAAAUUCUUACCAGCUGCCGAUGCUUUAUUAGAAAUGAUUAUUUUACAUUUACCAUCUCCAGUUACUGCUCAAGCUUACAGAGCUGAAACCUUAUAUGAAGGUCCAUCUGAUGAUGCUUUCUGUGCUGCUAUCAGAAACUGUGACCCAACUGCUGACUUGAUGUUGUAUAUCUCCAAGAUGGUCCCAACCUCUGAUAAGGGUAGAUUCUACGCUUUCGGUAGAGUUUUCGCUGGUACCGUUAGAUCUGGUCAAAAGGUUAGAAUUCAAGGUCCAAACUACCAAGUUGGUAAGAAGGAAGAUUUAUUCGUCAAAUCUAUUCAAAGAACCGUUUUAAUGAUGGGAAGAUUUGUUGAACAAAUUGAUGACUGUCCAGCUGGUAACAUUGUUGGUUUAGUUGGUAUUGAUCAAUACUUAUUGAAAUCCGGUACUAUUACCACCAAUGAAGCUGCUCACAACAUGAAGGUUAUGAAAUUCUCUGUCUCCCCAGUUGUUGAAGUUGCCGUUGAAGUUAAGAAUGCUAACGAUUUACCAAAAUUAGUCGAAGGUUUAAAGAGAUUAUCUAAAUCCGAUCCAUGUGUUAAGGUUUAUAUGUCCGAAUCUGGUGAACAUAUUGUUGCUGGUACUGGUGAAUUACAUUUAGAAAUUUGUUUACAAGAUUUAGAAAAUGAUCAUGCCGCUGUUCCAUUAAGAAUUUCCCCACCAGUUGUUUCUUAUAGAGAAACUGUUGAAAAGGAAUCUUCUAUGACUGCUUUAUCUAAAUCUCCAAACAAGCAUAACAGAAUCUACGUUAAGGCUCAACCAAUUGAUGAAGAAGUUUCUUUAGACAUUGAAGCUGGUGUUAUUAACCCAAGAGAUGAUUUCAAGGCCAGAGCCAGAAUCUUAGCCGACAAGCACGGUUGGGAUGUCGGUGAUGCCAGAAAGAUUUGGUGUUUCGGUCCAGAUGGUAACGGUCCAAAUUUGGUUGUUGAUCAAACCAAGGCUGUUCAAUACUUGAAUGAAAUCAAGGAUUCAGUUGUUGCUGCUUUCCAAUGGGCUACCAAGGAAGGUCCAAUUUUCGGUGAAAAUGUUAGAUCUUUAAGAGUUAACCUUUUAGAUGUUACUUUACAUGCUGAUGCUAUCCACAGAGGUGGUGGUCAAAUUAUCCCAACCAUGAGAAGAGUCACUUAUGCUUCUAUGUUAUUAGCUGAACCAGCUAUUCAAGAACCAAUUUUCUUGGUUGAAAUUCAAUGUCCAGAAAAUGCUAUUGGUGGUAUUUAUUCCGUCUUGAACAAGAAGAGAGGUCAAGUUAUUUCUGAAGAACAAAGACCAGGUACUCCAUUGUUCACUGUUAAGGCUUACUUACCAGUCAAUGAAUCUUUUGGUUUCACUGGUGAAUUGAGACAAGCUACUGGUGGUCAAGCUUUCCCACAAUUGAUCUUUGACCAUUGGUCUAUCUUAAGUGGUGAUGUUACUGAUCCAAACACCAAACCAGGUUUAAUUGUCAAGGAAAAGAGAAUUAGACAAGGUUUGAAACCAGAAGUUCCAGGUUACGAAGAAUACUAUGAUAAAUUAUAA